AUGGCCAAAUUGACCGGUCUGCCUGCUGAGCUCCAGUACGAGAUCGUCGCCGAGGUCGUCGCUGAGUAUGUCGAUCGGGCUAUUACCUGCAUUCCUGUUGUGUUAGGUCCCGUUGAAGUCGAGGAUUCCGACGAGGAUGGGUCUGAAGAGGAGGAAUCGGACGACAGCAAUGACUCGGCUGAAGAGGAUGAAGAAGAUGAGGACAGUGACGAGGACGCCCCAUCAGAUUCCGGGGACGAUGAGGAGAGCGAUGGUGAAGAGGGCGACGACGACGAACAUGAGGACGUGUAUGAGGAAUCACCAUGCGCCUGCUACAAAAAUCCUCGCCUCCGGGCCGCACUUCGUAAAUGGGAGGACAAGGACAGGGAGGAGAAGCUGCCUCCCAACACCAUCAAGCCCCUCCUCGCUGCUUGUCGUGACCUGCGCGAGACCACGAUGACCGUUCUCGCAUCAUACCUCCUUCGAGAGUCCACGCAUCAUCCUGAACAGAUGCAUGAGGAGUUAGAAUCGGACAAGGACGUUGAGCGUGCAUCUCUGGCGUUCCUCAUGGGCACGACAGUUUUAGUCAGUGACAUGGCCUCCCUUUUGAACGAGGAAGACUUCCCUGGCUUUCCUGAACCCCUGGUCGAGAUGAUCCAAGGUCUGCACCAACUCCUACUGAAGUCGUUGGAGGUGAAGAGGUUCCCCCAAUGCGGUCCAGAAAAUCGAAAUACCAAGGCGGCCCUAGAGAUGAUUGCGCUUAUUGUCCCGCAGAUCCAGCAGUUGAAGCCAUCGUCUUAUUACGCUGAUGUUCGAGUGUAA